CUGGCAACACCUCCGACUCUUGAGUCUCGACCAAACACGGUACAGAACACAACCAAGAGUCCAAGCCAAUAUCUGCACGGGCACAGACGAACUCUGGCAACCAUGGCCGUGGACCUCAUGGCCCAGCCCUGCGCUCACCUCUUCCGCCACGGCCCCUUCGAGUCGCUGCCCACUGCCGGCGAGGCCGAAGGGAGAGUCUCCAAGGGCCCGAGCCUGCUCCCCGCCCGUAAGCCACCUCUGUCUGGGCAAAAGAGGAAGCUCUGCACGGACAAGCACUCCGAGGCCAACACCAGAGGCAGCCGAUGCAACUGCUCGAACAGAAGGUGGUCUCUCGUCGCAGCCGCGAUCAUGGUCGUUGCAUCCUUGGCGACGAGCGCGGAUGCCGCGGGCGGCAGUUUCUACGAGGACUUCGAGGUGGUGUGGGGCGAAGACCCGCACCCUGAACGGCGCGUCGCGGUCAUCGACGGCGGGCGGCUGGUGAAGCUCACCCUCGACAACGUCUCCGGCUCCGGGUUCCAGUCCAAGGACGCCUUCCUCUUCGGCGAGUUCACCAUGCAGAUGAAGCUCGUCCCCGGCGACUCGGCCGGCACCGUCACCACCUUCUACCUGAGUUCGAAGGAUUAUCCGAUGUGGGAGGGAGACGGGCACGACGAGAUCGACUUCGAGUUCCUGGGCAACGUCAGCGGCGAGCCCUACUUGAUGCAGACCAACGUGUACGCGCAGGGGGGUGGGAGACGGGAGCAGCGCUUCUUCCUGUGGUUCGAUCCCACGGCGGAUUUCCACAACUACACCAUCCUCUGGAACCCUCUCAAUAUCAUUUUCUCGGUGGACGGCGUGCCGGUGCGGGUGUUCAAGAACCACGAGCUCCAGGGCGUGCCUUACCUGAGCACGCAGGCGAUGAAGGCGCGCGCGUCCAUCUGGGACGGCGAGUCCUGGGUGACCAUGGGCGGGCGGGUCAAGACCGACUGGUCUCACGCGCCAUUCGUCGCCUCCUACGGCGCCUACGACGCGUCCACCGCCUGCGUCUCCUCGUCCUCCUGCUCCGCGGCGGCGGCGCCAUGGAUGACGCGGCGGCUCGGCCCCGAAGGGCAGCGCGCGCUGGCGUGGGCGCGCGACAACUACAUGGUGAUGGACUACUGCGAUGACCCCUGGAAGGUUUUUCCCCGGGGGGUGCCCGCCGAGUGCGGCAUCGACCGCUUGGCCAUGGCCAGCCUUCUCUGAUUCCUUGUUUUAUGUACAUCUCAGAGGAUACUGUAAGCUUAAUUUCUCUUGUUUGUAAACUGUAACUGUGUAGUUAACGCGUACAGAGGUCAGAGACUAUGGUAGUGCCAGUGAUAUAAGUACUCCAAUGAAAGAAUCACACGCAAGCCCGUACCUGUUUCUUCCGAUGUAAACUGUAACUGUGUAAUUAACGCGUGCAGAGGCUAUGUUAGUGCCAGUGAUGUACUA